UGUCGCCAUGACGACCGUCAGCACCAAUGUCGGCCAUGAUGGAAGGAGAAGAAAGGUUUGAAAAGUUGGACCAAGUUACUUGCACGUAAAAGACACUGCAAAUUCGGACUGACGACUCCAUUUUACAUGAUCCGAAGAUUUUCUAGCUUGCAGUGAACCAUGGCUACUUUACCAGCAAUCUCCCCGAAUCAGGGGAUCUACAUGGGGGGUGCCAGUAUUCCUCAGCGGCGCAUGCCCAGCCCACCCAAGGGGAGGGCCCCCAAACCUACCCUCAAACCAGUGAAGAGAGUGCAGGGUAUGAAGGACAGAGAGAUGCUGAUGAAACAACAGAACCUGCGAGUACAACAGCCAGAACUGGACAAGUUAGAGACAGCAAGAUAUCGCAACUCCUACAAACACAACCUAUGCCUGGAGAUGUUACGGGAGGGUUUCCACAAGUCCUUCACGGAGCUGUUCCAGCUGAUGAAGAAGAGGAAGGACGAGCGAGAGGAGGCGGGGCCUGACUCGUUGCUAUGGCAGGAGCCUCUGCUGGAGGACCAACCAGAGAAGCUGGACCAGAUCAAACAUUACCUGACCAGAGGAGAGGCUGCCAGAAGGAUGGGUAACAUGGAGGAGGUGUACCACUGUCAGUACCAGCUGGCCAAGUACUUCCAGAGUACUGCCGACACCUGGCUGUCGGACCACUUCUUCCAGGCCUGCCUCCAGACCAGCCUGUCGGUACGCGGUGACGGACGGAGGAAAGAGGCGGAAGCAAACUGUAACAUCGGCCUGGCCUAUGAAGAGAGAGGAGAGUAUGAUCGAGCUGCACAGCACUUUGUGGAGUUCCAUGAGCUGGCAUCAGGGAGGAACUGGAAGGACGCCAGCGGGAAGACGUUGGAAGCCUCAUCGUGCGACCACCUGAGUAGGAUCUACACAACCAUCGCUGAUCAGAUGAAGGCCCAGGACCCACAGGGUGCCAUACAGUACCUCGCCAAGGCGUUUGAGAUGGCAAAGGAAGGUGGAGACAGUUACAAGGAGGGCUUGGCAAGUUACAGACUGGGGAAGGCUUACGAGAGUAGUGGGGACUCAGAGACAGCAAUCCUGUACCUGAAUGGCUACUUGGAGAUCUGCAAGGCUAAUGGAGAUGACAUGGGCUUCGGACAGGCUUGUGAGGCCAUCGCCAAGUCUUAUGAGAGCCAGGGAAAGAUUGAGGAGUCUAUCCAGUACCUGGAGGCAUUUGUGGAUGUAGCAGAGAGAACCCACCAGGACACAGCCCUGGUCAACGCCUGCAGCUGUCUGGGAGUCAUUUAUAACUCACUGGGAAAAUACGGCCAUGCCUGCCAGUACUUCGGAAAGGCGUAUGAAACGGCGCGGGAGCUGAACAACCCGGGGAUGAUGGCGGCAGCGCGGGUACAGUACGGAGUCUCCAACGCCCACCACAGACUGGAGGACUACGCAGGACACCUGCAGACUCCCAUGAGAUACCAGAUGGAGAGGAUGAUCGAAUGGAAAGACGUCAGAUUUGACGAGUUUGACCAACCCAUCAGAGAGAGAGCCCCUUUGGGACAUGCAGUUAGUGAGGAAACAGCCACGAGUGAAGAGGAUACACCAAGGGAAGCUGCAGCGCCGGAGCCUCUAGUGGAGACAGACGGUACUGCAGGAGAAACGACAGAGGCAGCAGAAGAGGAAACAACACAAGAAGAACCGACUCCAUAGGGAGGGGCUCAUAGACAAUUGGGUUGGGGGUGAGGGUCAGCAUUUUGGCAGAACAUCUUGCACUUGUGUGAAACCCGUAUUUUUUAUGGUUUUCGUUGGAUGUUUGGUCAAUGUUGCAUCAGAAUUUUGCCUGUUGCAGACAGCAUCUUUUCUGACACAACAUUUGAAAACCAUAGAUGGAAUGACAUCCUGAAAUAUGGGAAUAUGACCUUAAACAAGACAUUCUGAUGAACUGCUAUGCACAAUACAUUACGGGUUAAAUUGUGCAGGUGCAGUAUGUUCUGCCAGCAUGUUGGGACCUGGGUGGGGGUCUAAUAUUGUGUAUAUUUGCCACUCAUACUUUGGUAACCUGCAGCUCAUAAGUUGUUUCUUCAUUCAAAGAGAUGGACCCUAUUUUCUCACAAUUGAUUUGAGGUGCCCAGACUUAUCUGCAGUGUUUCUUUCUAUUUGUCUUCUUUCCCACAUCUAUAGAGAGUCCUACACUUACAACAUUGAUAUGUACAUAUUUUUGAAAUACACGUUUGUGUAACUUAUGUGAAGAAAUACUUUGAAAUCGUAUGAUCACACGCACCAGUAUGUAUAUAAUAUAUUGUGACAGUAGCAACAUAUUUUUGACCUAUCUGUAUCAUAUAAUGUCAGAAGCAAGUGUCAAUUUGUUUACUUACCAAUCUCCUCAAAUAGAUUUAGGCCUGAAUUCUAUUUUGUGAUCAUUGACAGCAGAGUCUUUUAUGUAGCUUGCCAAUGGGUGAACAAAAACUUCAGAUUAUGUGUGAGAGGAUUUUCUUGAUAUUGCCAAAGAAAGUGCCUUAGUACAUGUGUACACGAGUUAUUUACUUUAAUAGAAAAUUAAAGAAGCAUUAUAACA